AUGUGGCGGCGAGUUGUGUGGCAGGUGGCCAUGUUACUCCUCGUCUCCGGUAGCUCGGAUGUGAGGUACUACGCGCAGAAGCGACCCUAUACGUCCACGCCUCAGGUCGAGUGCUUUGAUUAUAUGGAAUGGGGACCGGGCAGAUACAACCGCGGUGUGCCCGGAGGUGCGGUUCAGCACAGCAGGUCGCCUGGUACGCUAUUAGACGGUACAACUUACUCCUCACCGUCGUUUGUGAGACAUCACUUAUUCUCCCGGCGAGUGGACUUGUUGCCUUCCGGAGUCGAGGACGUGGUGAAGGAGCACGCGAAGUUAGUUCAGGAUAUUAACAGCAUGAAGCAACCUCUGUAUGUGGCGCCAAUGGUGGACAGAAGUAAAGACUACGAUGAGUCUAUUUAUCUGGAGGCUAUAGAAACAACCACAACACCGAGGCCGACAACUACUUCGAAGAUAUUCCCAACCAGAUCAAAGAAACCAGGUUCCUCCAUUCCUGUUAUCCUCGUGGGUGGAGCAAGUCAGCGUACUGUACUCAAAAGUCCACCAUUUAAAUAUAAUAAAACAUUAGCUAAGAAAUCUCUCAAAUACUUCACUUCUUUCGUGAGUGACGUUGCGCCGCGUUGA